UGUGCACUGUGUUUGACCGCAGUGACAUCGGCCAGCAGUACGGGUGCACUGCUGCCAACCAGUCGCCAUCACAUUCUGCAGCUGAACGAGAAAGCCCACCUGUACGCAUAUGACGUCAUCAUGUCACAGCUGAGGAUGAGACUGGCGGACGUGGCCAAUCUGGCGGUGUGGUCCUCAAUGGGAGACUCCUCCUCAGAAGGCGGUGGUGCCAGUGUUCCAAUGUUCAGUUUAGCACCACAAGACUACAUACAACAUGUGACGGAAUGCUUGCUAAGUCUUCCCCAGGAACUCGAACACCUUGGAUCCAGUGAUAUCAAUCCUGCCUUGCUGGCUGCACUACAAGCUGGACAUUUCCCGCACACUGUGGAGGAUGAGAAUAGCACUGGCGACUCCCAAGGCCACAACUUUGCAGACCAGUGGCUGGGGUGCUUUGCACGGGGUCUGCUGGAGUUGUUUGUUGAGUCGGUGUUGAAAAUACGACAGCUCUCAGCAUACGGAUCACGGCAACUGCUGGCCGAUAUCACAUACCUGUGCAAGGUCAUUGAUGCAUUUGGUGUAUCACCGUCUGACGACUUACAACACCUGAGCAACUUAUUAUCAGCGUCCACUGACAGCUAUGGUACUUUAGCCACCACAGCUAGCCCACAGCUGUUUGCAAGGGUAGCAGCAAUGCGCUCCAUUGCUGUAUAGCACCAUUGCUUGUGGAGCAUGCCACAAGCUGAUGUAGCAGUCCAUCGUCCUCUUGAGGUGUUUGAGAAUACUCGCCGUCUAAACAUACACAUCAGUGCCAAAUCUGUCUUGGGUGGGCGAGCAUUUCUCAAACGAGGCACACUGGACAUCACCAGGACACUAGAAGGCUGCCAACUUCAAUUCGUGAUUUAAUUUGUUGACUCGGCACACAUCACCUCGGUCAUUUGUCAUUGUUUAUAGAUAUUCUUCAUUUACUUUCCCUUACUUUCCACAAUUAUAUCUGAACAUUAGCGUGGCACAUUCAUGCUCUUGAGCUGCUUUUGUAUACUUGUAUUACUUGGUAGUAUUCUAUAAGGUAGUAACUGUUGUACAUACUUCAAAUUAUUGGUACUGCCAGCAAGGCAGCAACCUCGCUGUGAGUCUUCCCACUCUCCUGGAACACGGCGGUUCAGGUUUUGUGCAUGGAUGUUAGCUAACAACAUGCAUGAAGUUUAGGUUGCCCUCGUAGAUGCUACUGUGGUCGUCGUCGUCUCCGUUGCUGCUGCUGCUGCUGCUGCUGCUGCUGCUGCUGCUGCUGCUUUUGUACAUAUUGCUUCAAGAUGAACGAUUAGUACUUUGAUUUACUCGGUCCGCUGUUAUUAUUGUACUGUAUAUAGCUGGAAUUCUCAAUCCCUUUCUCCUGAAGGUUGUGCUUGUUUGGAUUAUCUGAGGGCACUGCG